AUGUCGAAAUGUGGGGAAUGCAAUGAAGGCCUCCUUGAUGGGGCAGUUCGCUCAUCAUGUAAACAGACUUUCCACUAUAAUUGUAUAGGAAUUACAGAGGGAGGAUAUCGAAAACUGGGUGAUAGAAAAUCUACUUGGCGAUGCCCUAAGUGUAAAUCAGGUGGACAAAUGAAUACACCGACACUUUCUCCAAUGCAAGAACCAUCACACCCAAUACCACACGCCAUGAACAAUAGUACAUUCAAAUAUAACACUAGUAAGGCAAAUUGGCACACUUUUAAAGAAACACUCCACACCUUAAUGACCAAUCAUAACAUACUCGAAGUAAACAUCUCGUCACUAACGCCUGACCAAUUGGAUAAGUUCGUCCAUUCCCUUACCAACACUAUCAACAGCGCCUGCCUGAACUCUUUCGCCCUCAAAACAGGCUUGAGAAAACCCCAAGCAUCGUGGUGGAGUGAAAAUCUUGAACAUCUUAAGAAACAAUGCAUCAAUUUACACCACAAAAUACACACACAUUCCAAAAACAAACAGACACCCCCUGCAGAUCUUAUCAACAAAUACCACGAAAUUAAAUUUAGAUAUACACAAACAAUCAGGAAAACAUCCACUGAACACUUUAAACAAUUCUGCGAAUCGCAAGGCGCAGAAGACGUUUGGUCUAUCACCAACAAACUAUUAAAAUAUAACAACAUUCAACCCAGCACCCUUAAGGUAAACAAUAAAUUCACAAGCAAUGAGGAGGAGACAUCACAGGCACUACUUACACACUUUUAUCCCGACGUCCCUGAUACGGACGUCAAACACACAAAUAUGCGCAAUAAUUCUAGUUUAUUACCCGACACGGAGGACGACCCUGCUUUCACCUCACCAGAGAUAAUAUCAGCAUUUAAUUUCAUCUGUCACAACAAAGCACCGGGCAAUGACCACCUUACCAGCGACAUAUGCCAGGUCUUUACCCGUAAUUAUCCUGAGCUAACGACAAACCUCAUGAACCACUGCUUGCAGAUUGCACACUUCCCAACCCCGUGGAAGGAAGCAGUGGUUAAAAUCAUCCCCAAACCCAACAAACAGGACUACACAAACCUAAACUCCUUCAGACCUAUAGGUCAAAUCCCCGUGUUCGGGAAAGUACUAGAAAAACUUUUCACCAAACGUUUUACCUACAACGCGCACAAACUCAAACUACUGAACCGAUCGCAAUUCGGCUUCACCGAACAAACUACGGAACGCUAA